AAGCCAUGAUUUCCGGCUGGAAACUUCCGGUUAUGGACUUACUUCCGGCUCGAUUCAGUUUGAUCACUGCUGAAUCAUUCGUUUAUUGUAGUCGGUGCUGAGCCGUAUACCGAUGGUUUUGGGAGUCCCUUCCCUAAAGCUCUGAAGAACCCAUGGAGGUUAUGGAUGGGAAUCCAGACCCGCACGAAGAAGGAAGUCUCGAGGAGCCCUACGAGUCGCCUCCCAGAGAAGGGAUCGAGGUGGACGUGGCGUCCUUCCAAGAGGAAGGCCCCCUGUUAAUCUGCUCUGAAAGCGGGAAGUAUUUGACCGGCGAUCCGCCGCCCCCCAAACCCCCGAAGCCCCGGGUGACAAAGAAGCCGUACUCGUGUAGCGAGUGCGGCAAGUGUUUCGCCAAAAAGGCCUACCUGGUGAUCCACGAGCGGAUCCACACGGGCGAGAAGCCCUUCGCGUGCGCCGAGUGCGGCAAGUGCUUCACCUCCAAGUCGAACCGGAGCACGCACGAGAAGUUCCACAAGGGGGAGAAGCUCUACGCCUGCUUCGAAUGCGGGAAGUGCUUCACCACCAAGUCCUAUCUCAUCGUCCACAAGAGGAUCCACACCGGCGAGAAGCCCUUCGAGUGCCCCAAGUGCGGCAAGUGCUUCACCCGCAAUCAGAAACUCCUCUCGCACAGCCGCAUCCACACGGGGGAGAAGCCCUUCCAGUGCCCCGAGUGCGACAAGUACUUCGCCCGCAAGUCUGACCUCGUCGUCCACGAGAGAACGCACAGCGGCCAAAAGCCGUACAAGUGCGCCGCCUGCGGCAAGUGCUUCACCAAGAAGUCGAGCCUCGGCAUGCACGAGCGGACUCACACCGGGGAGCGGCCCUUCGUCUGCUCCGAGUGCGGCAAAGGCUUCUCCCAGAAACACCACCUCCUCCAACACAGGAAACAUCACACGGACGGAAAGCCCUUCCUGUGCUCCUCAUGCGGGAAGGGCUUCGUUGACUACCCGACGCUCGUCCGACAUCAGAGCGUCCGCACGGGAGAAAGGCCGUUCCUGUGUGCCGCGUGCGGGAAAUGCUUCAGCAGGGUGGGUCACCUCCUUAGACAUCAGCAGACCCACACGGGAAACAAGCCCUUCUCGUGUUCCUUCUGCGGCAAGCGGUUUUCUAGCAACUCGAGCCUUGAUCUGCACGAGAGGACUCACACGGGAGAGAAGCCCUUCUCGUGUUCCCAUUGCGGGGAUCAGUUUAACGCCUACUCGAGUCUCAUCAGACAUUGCAGGCGCCACACGGGGGAGAAACCCUAUUCGUGCUCCGACUGCGGCAAGCGUUUCGCCAUCAAAUCCAACCUCGUGACGCACCUCCGAGUCCACACCGGGGAAAGGCCGUUCGCGUGUGCCGAGUGCGGGAAGUGUUUCAGCUACAAUUCCAUACUUGUUAAGCACCAGAGGACUCACACGGGCGAGAAGCCCUUCGCCUGCUCCGAGUGCGGGAAGUGCUUCAGCAACCAGUCGAAUCUCGUCUCGCACCGCAGGAUUCACACGGGGGAGAAGCCGUUCGCGUGCGCCGCGUGCCUGCAGUCUUUCACCAAAAAGUCCAGUCUGAUCAAGCACCAGAAGAUCCACGCGCAGGACCAUUCGGGCUCCUUGUCCUAAACGCCGCCGUGUUUCCGAGGACACUGCCAAGCUCGGGCCGUUUAAACAUUUGGGCUUCAGCCGUUGAUGAAAUGUAUAGCAGAUAAAAGCAAUGUUACGCAUUUUAUUC